CAAUGUCAUGUCAGACGUAUCGCAGCAUGCGGUUGACAUUCCGCCGAGCGCCGCGCCUUGUUGGCGUCAGCCACCGUAACACAUACAAGGGACGAAGAGACCCUAUGCGUUAGAAGUACUUGGUCAUGGCUCACUUAGCAUCAGACGCCAUUUUUUCAACAAGAUCUCUCGUGAACCCGUGUACAUGGGUCGCAUUCGGUCCUGCACCUGUAAGCGACGAGGGUGAGGGAGCACGAUGCAAAGGAGGGACAUGGGCGGUAUAACGUCCGCGCGACAUCUCAUUGGGCUGGCAUGUGUGCAAACCACAGGUGGGAUAGGUACAUGUCAGACGCGGGUGCGCCUGUACAGAACCCAAAGGAUCGCCCUCCGACAGCUGCCGUGGAAUCUGCUACCUGUCAUCUUAUGGCCGCCUUUCUGUUGUACCUUAGUUCUUCGUUCUUUUCCUUGACACUCGAUGGCGGGAGAGGUAAUCCCUCCGCCGUAUGUUAUAUCUGCAGAUGACAAGCGCGGCCUCAUCGUCGUGACCGGUGCAGCUGUCUUGGCCUUUGUCUGGUCCUGUUUUCUGAUCCGGGUAUGGCUGCGCCUGCAAUCCAGGGAAUGGCGAUCUGAUGAUUGGUGGCUCGCGAUAGCGACUUUGCUCGACACGGUACAAUCAGGAAUCAUAUUCCAUCUCGUCAACCUAGGCCUGGGGGCCUCGCAAGUCGGAGUACCAUUGUCGCAACUUCAGCAACUUGGAAAUGAAGGUUUUGCGUCGCAGAUCAUAUAUAUCUUCGUUAUACUCGCCUCGAAGCUGUCGGUGCUCUCUCUAUACCUACGACUAUCACCAGGUGGAUCUCAUCGCAUCGCAUCAUGGUCACUCGUGGCAUUGUCCUGUCUCUGGGCACUGAUAUCCGUCAUCCUGAUCGCCAUACCAUGCAACCCAGCGCAAACAUAUACAGACGCCGAUAACUGUACAAAUAGGUGGCCAAAAUGGCUCAGCAUAGGCACCUUCGACAUCCUAACCGAACUUCUCAUCUUUCUCGCCGCAAUCCACCUAAUCUACUCUCUCCAAAUGCGCCUUCUAGCCAAACUCCUCGUAAUUCUCGCUUUUUCCGCCCGCCUCCCCGUCAUCGCAAUCGCCGGCAUCCGCCUCUACUACCUGGACCUACGACUUCGCGGCUCAAACUUCACUUUCGACUACAUAAUCGCUACGCAAUGGCAGAUGGGAUAUGCCAUCAUGUCGUCUACGAUAACGGGCAUGGGACCGUUUUUGAAGCCGUUCGAUAAGGAGUAUGUGAGCAGUACGUAUAAGCAGUAUGGAGCGGGGAACAGUGGAUGUGGAAGUGGGAGUGGGGGGAGGUCGAGGAUGGAGAGUGCGUUGACGACGACGAGUAGUGCGAUGUUGCCGCCCGCGAGGAGACAGAUGAUGGGUCACCACCACCAUCAUCAUGGCCAUCACAGGCGGUCCGCGGAUAACAUCUCGGAAUCUUAUCUCAUGGAAACGUUGCCUAGUCGACGGGCGAGCAAGCAGUCCUUAGGAGACCAUGAUGGCUCCCAUCCUCUCGAAUUGAUACAAUCUAGCACUCCGACAAGAGCGUCGCCGCCGGGGCAUACUCAUGGGUUCAUGACGGCGGAUGAGCAUUUUCGUCCUACGCAUAUGUAUCGCGGGCAUGAAGCGGAGGUUUGGGUGGGCGAGAGGAGUUUGAGCAUCACGAGGGAGGAGAUGGAUAGGGCUGCUGCGGAUGGCGGAGGUGGUUCCAAGUCUGGGACUAGGUUGGUGAUUGGGAAAAAGAAGGAGUUUAAGAUCGAGGUUGAUCGGGCGAGCCGUGUUGUAUAGGCUUUCUGUUACAUCAAUUGGGCGGAUGUUUUGCUUUAAACUGAGUUUAGAAUACCCCUUUGUAGUUUGCGUUGAUUCGGUGGAAAAUUCGUCAGAGGGAGGAAGAGGUAUAUGGAAACGACAUCACGACGAAAGAAAGGCCUAUAGAUAAAAGACUUCAUUAGCAAUA